GCUCGCAGAGUGGAGCUCGCACAUCGUCGGUCGUCGGGAUGUCGAUGACUCGCGUGGCGCGCCCUUGUACACUAGGGUGCUCGUGUCUCCCAAGUACAAUUGAUCGGACCCGUUGGCUGCUGUACUGCUAUAUACACUGGUUGUAGCUUCUCAAACUCUUAUCGCAUCGGGCGUGGAGAAUUUUACUGGAGCAUCCACUCCACCGUCACUCCCUUCCUCCCUAACUUUUUAUCUCCUCUCCUCUCCUCUCUCCAAUCCUUUCUCCUCUUAUCUCAUUCUACUCCACUCUAUUCCACUAUUCUACCCUCUAAUCUCCCGUUUACGAUAAAAAAACAUUCCUAAAAAUUUUAUUAAAAAUCAACAAGUUACCGGGCCGCUAAAAAUCCAGUUUUAUUUUUUUUUAUCGGAAAAUUUUCUAAUGUGAAAAUUUGUGUGAAUACAAAUUUAAUGUUGCUAUUUAAAGACCCGGAAAAAUAACAAUCAUUGCAUUGGUAGUGGUGACACUACUCGGAUAAUCUGUAGUUGUGUACAGUAACAAUACAGGGUUCAUAUACUUAGUACAUAGUAGUUUUACUACCGUUGAAUCACUGGGGUACACACGAGGGUAGUUCUACGUUCUACGUCGUACUGCAUCCGCGUGCUAGAAUUUUAUGUCACAACAGUCCGAGUUCGCUUGAGAUCAACACACUUUUACUUGUUAUGAUAUAAAUUAUAAAAGUUUUUAAGUAGUUUCUGAGGUUCUAGUGGUUUGAUGUUUGGUGAUGAUUGUAAAUUGAGGGUGUGUUUUUGUGAGAUUCAAGCGGGGGUGGUUUUAUGGCGACUGACUGGGCUAUUCUGGCUCCAGAACAAGUAGUGAAAUAUUGCCAGAGUGAAAAAGACUAUUUGGGAUCCGAGUUUGGAGGGUCAGAGAUCCCCAGGAGGAUGCAGACAAUCUUAGGGUCCUUCCCGCUUAAUAUUGCCCGAGCCGUAGAAUGCUUCGGUAGAAUGCUUACGCUAAACCUUAAAUUAAUGACAAUGAAGCUGCGACAAAUGCAAUUCGAAAUUUCAUGAGUCACUUGUGAAGAAAAACACCGAGCACUCGAUCACCGGGAGAACUUCUGUGCCGACUAGACGAAAUGAUAAAUAAUUCUCCAUCCAACCUCGGCCUCUGAAAGGGCUCCGGGAGAGGAGUAAGACUAAGAUACAGAGACAUGUGUCUUUAAUAAUCCAUCACCGGAUAGGAACCUAUUUUUGAAUCUUUUCACGUACCUGCUCGGAAGCUGGAAGUGAAGGCUUGCACAGCCCCAAUGUGUGCUCUUUAGAAUUUCACGGACGGCUCCUGACAAUCUGCCGAGGGAGGAACUCAAAAACAGGGAUAAAAAUAUAGACAAAGAAAAUAACCGAGGGUAAAAGGGGGAGAAAGAAGAAAAAAACAAAGGCCGAGAGAGGCAAGACAAAGGACUUAAUAACUCGGGGGUUGAAAGAGAUAAAAAACAUGGGAGAAAGUUCACCUGAUCUGAGUCUUCGGCUUCGCCGCGGAAGCUCCGAUUCACGUGACUCUUUUUAUAUGGAUUUUGCACAGGGUAUAGACUCAGAUAUUGAAGAAGUAACAAGACCUAGAGAAAAUCACAUCGAUGAAAACCACCUUGGGGAAGAGGAAAUAGAGGAGAAUUUUCCGCCAUUGGACGAUAUUUGCACGACGAUACCUGAGGAAGCCUCUGAAGAAUUGCGAGAAGAAGAGGAAGAAGAAGCAGCUGCCGCGGCGGCAGCAGCAGCCGCCCUGGAGGCCGCUAGGGAAACUUCCGACUCGUCAGUAAUUUCCGGCCAUGGGAAAAUGCAAAAACGAGCCCAAAACCAAAACGAUUGGCCGGGACUUCCGGCGGCAUUACCAUCGCCAGCAUCGCCCUCAGCAGUAAUAGUAUCACCGGAAACACUAUCAAGAAAUAGCAGUACUUCACCGUCCCGUACACAUGCAGUCGGACAAUUUGCGUUGGCCCUGCCCUGCCCUCCGCGGCCAAUCCCGGCUGUCUGCUAUCCGGCCCCGACCUUCAUCGAGGUCGCCGAUGAUGCCAACAACAAGCACCUAGGAGCAUAUGCAUUAGCAACAACCCUAAGUGCGCUUUACGGGAAACUGUUAGUGGUAAUGGGAAUUGCAUUUCCUAUGUCCGAGGUGAUAUCAUCGUACAUACCGCCUUCGUUUUACGAGGCAUUCUACCUCUACUUGUAUUUCGGCAGCAUGCUUUUUCUACUUUGUAUGCAUUCACUUAUGCUGAUCGACGGUAAACCAAAGCAAAAACACGAUACUAAAGAAAUAAGUGAUUUAGACUCAAGUAGAUCCUCAAGUGGUGCCGGGGACAGCGAUUCGCCGAACAAUGACUACAAUCCUAGCAUAUCAAAACUAAACCAGCAUUACGGCAGUUUUUACCUGCGAAUGGGCGCUGUGGCUUUUGGAAUUGGCUCGAUGAUUUACUCUGGGCUAGAAUUUGGACAAUACUUUGAGCUCGAGAGAAACACCAAGUGCCACAAUAUUAUGCUGGCACUUACUCCUGCCACGCGGAUGGCUUUUAUAUUCAUUCAAAUGUACUUCAUUUUCUUGAACAAUCAGCAAAUGAAAGUUUCUUCACAUCGACUGCUCGCACGCUUCGGACUCAUGCACAUGAUUGGUACCAACCUAUCGGUUUGGCUUAAUGUCCUUGUUCAGGAGACUAAGCAUGAAAUCCUCACGUUCUAUAACCCGGAAAAUAAUUCCUUGAAAAUUUCUCAUCGACUUGGAGCGAAAGGAAUUCAUUUAGGCGGACAUACGCAUUCACACCACGGUGAGAAUGUCCGCGUAUCUCGAGGAUUAAAGGGCCCGCACCACAUGUUCGAAUGUCGGCGAACAAAUAUCAUGGGUUCGUUGGUCCAAGACGCGAGUCCUUUUCUAUUUCCUUGCACCAUUGAGUACAGUUUAAUUUGCGCCGCUAUCCUGUACGUCAUGUGGAAAAACAUCGCGAAACAGCGAUCGAGCACUAAUCUACCGACCGGAACUACCGGUAAUCACGUUCACGCCCACGCUUACAGACGAUCGCCGCACUACUACAGCGUGGACUGCGCCCGCGCUCACAAAGGUCUAUUCGUAGGAAUCCUAAUCCUCGUGCUAACAAUAAUCUCAUUAAUCCUCUUCUUCGUGUUAAUUUCCCGAUCAGAGCUCGUGAGUUUUGCCGUGACCGAAGUGAACGUCUGCGAGCUGACUCUCUACGGAAUGUCGACGGUGGCGACUCUGAUUGGGAUGAUCCAGAUGCGACGACUGAGGUACGACGGAGCUCGGAACUUGGAGCUGGACAACAUCCUGCUGAUCGCCGCACAAACUGGGAUGUUCAUCUACUCGACGUUCACGAUAAUAAGCGGGUACUUCACUCUCGAGAGGAACACGAUCCUCGUCUUGGUGACGGCCCUGGCCAGCGUAAUUCAAACUACCUUCCAGACAAUCUUUAUUCUCGACGCGUCAAGAAGGUCUGUCUCCUCCCCCGAGCAAAUUAGGCGCAAGCCUGGCCGCGAAAUUGUCACUUUUUUGCUAGUGACAAAUCUUGCGAUGUGGGCGAUAAAUACUUUGGAAAAAUCUCGCGCGGAAUCGCAUCCAGUUCAGCUGCACUUUUACGGCCUGUGGGCCUGGACGAUAAUCACACACGUGUCGAUGCCCCUCGCGAUUUUCUACCGGUUCCACAGCACUGUCUGUCUCUGCGAGGUGUGGAAGAGAGCUUACAAAGUUAAGCCGACAUACAUGUGACGCAAGAAAAAAUCCAAGGGGACCAUGACUAGAGUUGUUACGCAAGAGUCUUUUAGUUCUUGUCAAUUGCACCGCAAUAUUGCGCGUCUUGAUGCUAUUAACGAAAACGACCCGACUUAUUUCAUGUGAUUGUAAUUUUACUGAUAAUUAUUAUUAUUAUUGAUAUUAUUAUUAUUAUUAUAGAGUUGCGUGUUUGUUUGACUCAGGAAGCAAUAAAUUAUUUAUUAUUAUUUUUACACGUUAAAUUACUGGUCUGGAGGAAGAAAAUAUUUUUUUUAAUUAUUUUCUUGAGUGAAAAAAAAAGUUUUUUUGACACAAGAAAUUUCAUUUAUU